AUGGCACCUUAUGAAGCCUUGUAUGGUAGGAGAUGUAGGACCCCUUUGUGUUGGUGCGAGCCUGGUGAUAAUGUUAUCUUAAGACCUGAGAUUGUGCAACAAACCACUGAUAAGGUUAGAUUGAUAAUGUUAUCUAGAAAACUUACUCCUCGAUUUAUUGGUCAUUUCCAAAUUCUAAAAAGAGUCGGUAGUAUUGCUUACCAAAUUGCUUUGCCUCCUAAUUUGUCAAAUCUCCAUGAUGUUUUCCUCAUUUCCCAACUUCAGAAAUACAUCCAUGAUCCAUCGCAUGUGAUUGGGUCGGAUCAUCUUGAGGUUAAGGAGAACCUAAUUAUGGAAGCUACCCCGGUGAGAGUUGAGGAUCGAAUGGUGAAGCAACUUAGGGGGAAAGAGAUUCCUUUGGUGAAAGUUAUUUGGGGAGGAGCUACACCUGAAAAGUGUUACUUGGGAGCUAGAGGAGAAGAUGAAAGCGUCAUAUCCAUUUUUAUUUGCUUUAGGUAA